AUUUGAAUAACAACAACAAACGACGAGACUGACUUUUCAACGUCAAUAUAUAUAGAUACUACCUAUCAGCCUUCAGGAUGGCGACGACAGGGACACCCGCAAGGGUGACAUUCGCAGACCAUGCUGCUCAGGUCAUUGCAUCACCAUAUGGUCAAGCUGUCCGAUCUGAUCCUCCCCCUAGCCGAACGCUCGAUUCUCUCAACAAUCAGCUCAUGACGCAUGGCUGGGCGAAAAAAGCUAUCAAUGUGGAUGCUCUGAGCUCAAAAGACCUCUCACAUGUUGUUGGGAUAAUGUUUGAGCUUCUCGGCUCCUCGGUGUCUAACCUUGCGACUUUGGACGAUCUCAACGCUAGGCACAGGACAAUGACAUACGAACAGGAGCGUCUGCAGAAGCAGCUGUCCGCUCAAAUGAGCGUCAGAGCCAGGAUCGAAGCUGAGAUGCUGGGAUAUAAAGCAAGGCACGACGAACUUGAGAAGCAGUUGAAAGGCGAAAGGGAGCAGGUCAAAGAUCUGAGGGAGGAGUUGGCCCGGGGACGAAAAGCCUUGGAGAGUGUGAAGCUUGCUGCGUUACACGACGCCAAGAAGAGUCAGAUGCAAUUGGAUAAAGCUCAUCAGCAACUCGCUAGGAUCGCGGGCGAUCCCACAGUGCCUUCGAAACCUCAGGGUCUUAUCAUUCUCAAUCCAGUCACUGCAAACCGAUCGCACCCUAUCGCUCCCGCUCAGUCUACCUUGGUCGAGCAGACAGUCAAAGACUUGGCUGAAAUCAGAGCGACGCUGCAGGAAGAAGCCGAUGCGUUCAGACACGUUGUCGUGUCCACUGCGAACACAAUGCGAGACAUCAUAGCUGCCGCCGAGGCACGCGAGGAGCCGACCCGAGUCCUUCACGCUCAGUUCUUUGCUCAACUAGAUAGCUCAAGGUCUCGCUCAGCGACGCAGCAAAUUGCACCCACCACAUCACACCCUGCGAUUGCUGAUGCGAGACUCAAGAACCUGCUCGGAGAUAUCAAUCGGAUCAUCUCGGACGGGAUCAACGUCGCCCUGCAUACCCAGGAGUUCGUGCCUAUUUCUCCCGAGGAAGAAGAGAGACGACAGGAGCGAAUCAAGGAGGAAAUGCAAGCGCGUGCAGACCUUGAGAACCACGUCAAAGACCUCGAGGUCGAGAUCGCCUGUGUCAGGACGAAAGAGGAGGAAGCUAAACGGGUGAUAGAAGAAUUGAGUAGAGCUCAGGCGACCCGAGAGACAACGCCGACCGAUGGCGUUCAGCAGCGGAUGGAGCGGGAGUUGCGUGAACAACGUGUCCUGCUUGAGGAGGAGCGACGAAAGUUUACUGAAGCGGCAAUGAGAUUGGGUCAGGAGCGCCGCCAUUUUGAGUCAGAACGAACCGCUUUCCUGGAGGAGCGUCGACAGGCCGACCUCGACGCGAUGCAAGGGUAUCUGCCGUCCUCCCCCUCUCAGACAUCAAGCUCAUCAAAGGGUCACCAACACGUCACUGAGCCCUUAGACACGCAUGUCGCCCCGACUUCACCUUGGAUCGCGCAUCGCUCCAUCAUGCCUUCGCCGCUUUCCGUUGGACAUAAGCCAAGGACACCUAAAGUGCACAGUGUAUCGCGGAAAAAGGUCAAAACGCCUCUAUCGCGAUUAGUGCUCGAGAAGGGAUUGAAAGCGAAGAGCAAGGCUUUGGAGCCUGAAGAAGUGGUGGUGGAAAAAGAAUCGCGACCCUCUGAACCGGCGGCUGCCAUCAAUGUCUUGGGCGCAGAAAGCGGGAGGAAGACGAACCGAAUCCCGAGCGCAAGCAGUAGGUCUGCAGUAGCACCUUCUACCCUUGGCAAAGCGGUCGCACAAGAUUCUGAGUUACUCAUGAAGAGAAAGGAGCGCGUCGUGUCGGAUACUAGGAGAGCAACUACCGGUCACGUCUUGACUGCCGAGCCCAAAGCUCCUCGACGCACUGUCUCUGGCGCCGGUGUUAAGGAAGGGGAUCUAAGGACUUCAAAGGGUCCAAGUGUCGCUGUCAGCACUUCUGCCAAGCGAGGAGCCUGGCGAUAGAUUUCAUGGGGGGCACAUCUGAUGGAAAUGAUAAUCGCUGCUUGUAUCUCCUACAUGUACGCUAUGUAAAUCUAGGGUCACCUUCCGCUUGG